GAGUCAAGUCAAGAGUUACAAAUGGGGGGCUGGGAGGAGAAAUUUUGCUUCGUUUCGUUUUCGUUCAAUCGGCCGACGCCCGCAGUAAGCUGAAAACGAAUGCGAGCUCCGUUGAGGCUUCUUCAUCCCUCAUCAGAGAUUCAGUCGAUCGCCUGACAUGGCUCUUUAUUGGAUCAGAGGAUGUCUCUUCUCGCUGAUUCUCUGUCAGCUUCUCUGCUGCUAUUCACUUGGCGGCGCCUCCGGUUCGGGUUCCAGCCCUCCCCCGAACACCUUUACCGUUUCGAGCUUCAGCUAUCCCCAGUCUAAGCUGAGGCCUUACGACCUCCGAUACAUAAGAGUUGAUUUACCACCAUGGUUCUCUUCAGUGUCUAUAGAGCUGGAAUCAGAUGUAGACCUUGAUAUGGAAAGCUUAGGACAAGUAUCUAAUAGCAUGUUGCCUAUGGUUUGCUUCAGAGAUGGUAGCCCUCCUCUACCAGACGUCUCAAACUCUUCUUUAAAGAGUUUAGCUUUCAGUAUGCCGUCUAAUGAAUCACUUAAAAGAAUACAAGGACUUCAGAAUGCAGAGCAGUGCUAUCCUAUGCAAAGAAAUAUAACUAUGAAGUUGACUAAUGAGCAGAUAUCUCCAGGAAUUUGGUACUUUGGUCUUUUUAAUGGGCUUGGACCUGCGAGGACUCAAUCAAAGAUGAUUGUGCGAAGGGCAUCUUAUUCAUUCAGUGCGAAUGUUAGUGUGGAAGGAUGCAUGGCUUCAAUGACAUGGGGCCAGUAUUGCAAUCAGACAAUUGAUUCGCUUUCAUGUACUCAGUCUGAGACUAAUAGUAGUACAGAUUAUCCUUUGGCUCUCAAGAACCAGACUCAGAGUGUGCUCUCAUGCAAAAAUUCUUUUGAGACUUCUUGCCUGGGUAGUGAACAAAUAAAAGUCUACUAUAUCGACGUAUUGGAGAUGGCAGAAGAACUGACAUUUAUGGCAACUGACGUCAGACUCAAUCCUGCACCUUCAAAUCACACCGGGAAUUUUAGCGGGGUUAACUUAAUGUAUUUCGCUCGGCAUGGCUCCAUAGCUUCUUCAGCUCAACAUGAUUAUUCAAGUAAUAUCAGUAGUACGCCGCUGGUUAUUCAGUCGCCAAUGGUGGGUCGUUGGUAUGUCACUAUUCUACCUAGCAACUUCUCAAAACAAAGUGGACAAACUCAGGUUUCCAAUGCCACAGUGUGCUUUUCCAUAAAAUUGCAAGUGCUUGAAUGUCCUUUGGGGAAGGCUGGACCAAAUUGUCUGUGGGAAAGACAUGAGCUUCAGACCAUUCCCAGAAUAUCGGUUCCAUUUGAAUCUUACUAUUUACCACUCAGUGGAAAAGUAUCUUCCAGUUCAGCGAACUUUCUCCUCGACCCUCUUUUAAGCAACUCCUCAUCUGGUGGACUAAAUGAUACUUGGACAUAUUUUGUUUUGGAAAUUCCACGUGGUGCAGCUGGAGGAAAUAUCCAUGUCCGAGUAACAUCAGAUGCAAAGAUUAAGUUUGAGAUAUACACUAGAUUUGGUGGACUGCCAUCUCUUCGAAGCUGGGAUUAUUAUUAUGCGAACAAGACUAGUAGCAGUGAUGGCUCAACAUUUUUCAUAUCAAAUAAUUCAACUGAAGAGAAAAUUGACUUUUACAUCUUGAAUGCUAGAGAAGGCAGUUGGGUUGUUGGAAUAAGGCAACCAAAUAGCACUGCUACUGGUUCUAAAGGUGAUCCUACCAUGUCACUUUCCCUAGAGAGAUGCCCAAGAAAAUGCUCAUCUCAUGGGGAUUGCAAAACUGCUUUUGAUGCCAGUGGAUUGACAUCUUAUAGCUUCUGCUCCUGUGAUCGUAAUCAUGGAGGUUUUGACUGCAGUAUUGAAAUUGUCUCUCACCAAGGACACUUACUGCAGUCAAUCUUCCUUAUUGCAUCAAAUGCUGCAGCUAUUCUCCCUGCCUACUGGGCUCUCAGACAAAAGGCUUUUGCAGAAUGGGUGCUCUUCACAUCCAGUGGCAUUUCUAGUGGACUAUAUCAUGCCUGUGAUGUUGGCACAUGGUGUGCUUUAUCCUUUGGUGUCUUGCAGUUCAUGGACUUUUGGCUAUCUUUCAUGGCGGUCGUGAGCACUUUUGUGUACCUGACUACUAUCAGUGAAGUACAUAAGAGGGCAAUCCAUACAGCUGUUGCAAUUCUCACAGCUCUAAUGGCCUUAACUAAAGCGACCAGGUCCUCUAAUAUUAUUCUCGUGAUGGCGAUUGGGGUUAUGGGUCUUCUCAUUGGAUGGUUAAUAGAGCUGUCCACCAAGUUCAGGACAUUUUCUUUUUCUGCCGGAGUUUGGUUAAAUAUGCUUGACAGGUGGCAAGUUAUUAGGGUAUGGUUGCGUAAUCUAGUGAAGACGCUUAUGAGGCGGUUCCGCUGGGGCUUCCUGAUAGCAGGUUUUAUUGCACUCAUAAUGGCAGGAGUAAGCUGGAAACUCGAAACUAGCGAAAGCUACUGGAUUUGGCAUAGUCUUUGGCAUGUCACGAUAUACACAUCAUCUUUCUUCUUCCUAUGCUCGAAAGCAACUGUGGCAGCAGAUGGGGAUGAGGAAAGGCCACCUUAUGCGUUAACUCGGCAAGACUCAUUCUCUAGAGGCCAUUAGAAGAGGCGUGAUUGGAGUUAGCAGGAGAAUCAAGAAUCAUCAGAGUAGAUGGAUGGUUUGGUUUGCCGCAGCAGUCCUUACAUCACAUACUUAAAUUACCCAUUGUACAUAUUUCUCCCAAAGCCCAUGUCCAGGUCGUCCUAGAAGCGGGUGGGAGCAGCUGGUUCGGUUUUGCAGCCAUAGUUUUUAGGGUUUUAUUAUAAUAGCACACCGACAAAGUAGUCGAUUCUUCAGGGGGCCAAAGAAAAAAAGAAGAUAAUGGAACAGCUGAAUGAAAGUUAAAAAAGUUUGCUGUUCCCAUUGUGCACAUGCAUGUAUAGAUCGGAACUCUCCAUUUUUUGCGUUGCAAGAGGUAACUUGUAGAUUAUGCAGCAGUUUGAAACGACAAUAUCUGUAUUUGGUUUUUCCUUUUUUUCUUUUAUCAAGUGCCCCCCUUCCCCCCUCCCCAAACAAAAAAAAAAAUAAAAAAAAUAAAAAUAAAUAAAUAAAGAGGGGGGAAAAUCUGAGCUGGACUAGCUUCGUUGGCCGACAGAAACUUGGGCCGCCUAGUUUUGUCCUCUACUGUCCGUUAUUAUUAGUUUUCUUCGAUGGCAAUAUCAUGUCAUUGUCAUA